AUCUAUAGACUCAUCUCUAGACAUAUUUAUCCAUAUAACUACAUAUACAUACGUGCUAUUUUUAAGGCGCCAUAUCUUUCAAUCUAUAUAUUAAAAGUAAAUGGGAGUAAUACUUCCAUAGCAUCAGACUGCUGGACUGCUUGAAUAAUUACUGAAUAGCUGCUUCUAUUUGUUUUAGAUUAAAUCUUUAAGAAGUUGAAAUGCCGCGUCCCCAAGAAGACGCCCAGGAGGCGGUCACAGGGGGCGGAGCAGCGUCAGGAGACGGCGGAGCUGCACCUUCAGCUGGAGGCGGGGUGCCCGCCGUUGAGGAUCCGGAUAAAGUGAAGCCAACCUUAUUUAUUGGUCUCUUCAUAACCAGUCUGCUAGGGCUUGGUGUUUAUGAUUUGACCGCAAACCUGGAGGAGAAUAAGUGUAGUAUGACCUACAUGUAUGAAUAUCCAGAAUAUAUACGGAUUGAUAUGCCAGAACCUAUAAGUCAGAAAUACCCAAAGUAUGGUUUAUACGCCUAUGCAGAAGGAAAAAUGGCGGAACAGGUGAAAUCCGGGAAAUUUAGCGGUAUUCCUGUCGUCUUUAUUCCUGGGAACAGUGGUUCCUACAAACAAGUUAGAUCUAUGGCCUCUGUGGCGCUAAGGAAAGCAAUUGACGAUUCGGAAUAUAAAACUCAUUUUGACUAUUUUUCUGUGGAUUUUUCUGAAGAGUACAGUGCCAUCUACGGAGGAGUUUUGGAACAUCAGGCUGAUUACCUACGCCAGUCUAUAGCAAAGAUCCUGUCUCUCUACCCCAAGAAGUCCAAUAAGAAUCCAACUUCAGUAGUCAUCCUGGGACAUUCUCUUGGUGGAGUUAUUGCCAAAAGCUUGUUUUUAAAUCCUGAAUUUAACCCUUCUCAAGUUCAAGUGGUGAUAACCCUUUCUACCCCUCACACUCCAGUACUAAUUAUGGACAAGCAUACACAAGAUUUUUAUUCAAAGGUUAACCAACUAUGGGAAGAAGCGCGGAGCACAACAUUGCGACACGUUACCCUUGUCAGUAUAGGGGGAGGGGAGAGAGAUCUGCAGGUUAGAUCUGGACUAACUCAAGAUAAAUUCGGAGAUUUAAACGUUGACAGUACUGCUGCAUCUUCAGUGUGGAUUCCAACAGAUCAUAGAUGUAUUGUCUGGUGCAAGCAGUUGGUAUUGGCAUUAAACCGAGUUCUGUUUGACAUGGUGGAUUCGAACUCGAAACAGAUAACAAUGGAUUUCGAUCUUCGAAGUAAAGUGGCGCACUACCAUCUUUAUAAAAGGUACAAUUUUUGGAUUCAGGCUUUUGUGUUCGGUCUUUCUAUUAAUUGAUUUCUCAAAGUAAGG